GCUAAUUUUUUGCAUCUGGGCCUGUUUCCUGUUUCCUAAGUGUCUGGAAACACACCGCUCAUGUACGCGAGAGCUCUUUGUGUGCAUGAAUGAAAGAUGAUUGAGUUGAGAGGUUUCGAGGCCACAGUUCUACGAGGCUAAUGGACGCUGAGUGUGGCAAUCUAUUCCAUCAAGCAGUGAAAUUGAGAUUGAGAUUGAGAUUAGGGUUUGAGGGCGCGAGGCUUCGGGAUCUGCAGUAGCGAUGGCGAGAUUCUUGUGUGCAUGAAUGAAUGACGAAUGCGUUGCGUGGGUCAUCGCUGGCUGCGUAAGGGGUGACGCUCGAGCAGCGUCGAAAAAGCCCAAUUAGUGUCGGUACUGGUGAGCCAGUGUACUCGUAUGGGUGCAGAGCCACUAUGUUCGAGGACGUGGGAGUUCCCUUCGUGAAGUGGAGAGAUGAUUAUCGACUUCAGCAAUGGUGUCGAUCCCACUCUCUGCAUCAUCGACUCUCUGGCACCGCGAGCAGCGCAAUGUCUUCCGUUUUCUCCACCUGAUCGCACGUAGUUUCAAUUUGCGUACGUGCCAGAUGAAUGAGGUGGUUAUGCGGGGUGGAUCGCAGUUUUUGCUUCCAUGUGGGUCAUCAACUGGGGGUCUCGGAUUUGUUGACGAUCGCUCAACACUUCGUGCACCUUUCUAGGAGGUUGCGAUACCGACAUUGCUCAUCUACAAUUCUUGAGAGAAUGGCGUGUUUUGUCGGCGGCCGUAAGUGAUGAGCAUUGCGAGCUAGGGUUUUGGCUUUGGUGGGUCGCUAUGUGUGCUGAACCCCCUUGGAUGUAUUGUGAGCUGGGCUCUGUGUUAACCCUCGAAUCUCUUCACCGGAAACCAUUUUUUUCUUUUGGGAAGCUGUAGAUGUCCUGGUUCUGCUUAACGAGAGAGACUUUGAUCAUCUCGGUGUAGCAGUUGGCCGAAUCAAGUGUUUACAUUGGAUCACGAGGGUUUGAGUUCUUCACUACAUUUCUAUCCGUCAGAAUGUUAGGUCUUUCAACAAUUUCGAAACAGUAGAUUUCCCUGAGUUCGCAGGAUGAGAGUACGUUCUCCUAGUGUAAGUGAUGGCUACGAGGAGUCGUUUAGUUCAUCGCCGUCUUUUGCAAACAGAAAUGUUGAGCUGGCGGCAUACGCGCACGACUCCGACGCCAGUGUGUUUUUACCCAAAAGUGUGACCUUAUCGCAUGUAGAAGAACCUAAGGAAGAUGUUGUAGAAACGCACGAGCACGGCAAACAGACAGUCGACGCAGCGGGAGCGUGGAUUUCACAGGCAUGGCGAUUUCUCGUCCAACCUUUCAGGUGGAUAUCCAUGCUGUGCAGGGAGCUGGAUGGCACGUUUGUAUUUGGAGUCAUGGUAGUUUAUGGUAUAAGCCAGGGCAUUGGCUAUGCUUUGAGUCGCGUGGUCGUGGAUUACUACUGGAGAGACGUACAGGGAAAGGAGCCAUCGACCGUGCAAUUCUACCGAGGGAUCACGGUUAUCCCGUGGGAUGUGAAGCCUCUCUACGGUCUCCUCACUGAUUUACUCCCAUUUUUCGGGUACCACCGCCGGCCUUACUUCAUUCUUGCAGGUCUAAUAACGUUGUCAACAUACCUAUCUUUGGUUCUUGGAGGCAAGUUUCUAGCAUCCACAGCACUGGCAAUGUUUGUGGGUGCUUCGGCAGCUGCAGCUAUAGCGGAUGUGACCAUUGAUGCGUUGGUUGCUAUGAAAAGUCGGGAAAAGCCAGAGCUUGGCACUCACAUUCAAAGCUUGUGUGGCUCUUGUUCAUCGAUCGGAAGCUUAUCUGGGUUUCUAUUGAGUGGGCUUGCAGUGCACAUUUUUGGUUCACAGGGUGCUCUAGGUGUUAUGAUUGUACCUGGAAUACUCCUCCUCAUCCUAGGAUUCACUAUUAAUGAGCCUCGUCUUCCUCGUCACCUUUGGCGCUCUGGCCAGGUUGGGAAGCAGAUGAAACAAGCGUGCUCCACGAUGUGGGCCACUCUGAAGAUACCUCAAGUGUGGCAGCCUACAAUCUACAUGUAUCUCUCGUGGGCACUGUCGCCAGAUAUCUCAGAAGGCAAGUUCUAUUGGUACAAUGACUUUGUCGUCGGCCCAGGUUUUUCUGAGGAGUUUGUAGGUGUAAUAUACGCAAUGGGAUCCGUAGGAACCUUACUUGGUGUUGGUAUUUAUCAUAAAUACUUGCGCCACUGGACAUUUCGAACGCUUCUCAUGUGGGCUCAGGUGUUGUUAGCAUUAUCAGGGAUGCUGGACCUGGUAAUGGUGACUCGUGUUAAUCGAAAGUUGCUUAUUCCAGACACUGUAUUUGCAGUUGUUGAUGAGGGAGUUUCUUCGGCGAUUGGACGGAUUAAAUGGAUGCCUCUUUUGGUAUUGGCAGCAAGAUUAUGUCCACCUGGAAUCGAAGGAACGUUCUUUGCACUUCUCAUGUCUAUUGAUAACCUGGGAACGCUGUCUUCUUCAUGGGUGGGUAGCGUGAUACUCAGAUUGACAGGCAUUCGCCGCACAAAUUUCCAGUUCCUAUGGCUUACGGUUUUGAUACGGAACGGCAUGCGGUUGCUGCCUCUGCCAUUUCUCUUCCUGGUGCCUAACACUGACCCAGAGCAACCUCUUCUACCUCCUGAUAUCCUGGGUUAUGCCGAACCUACACUUCAUGAUGUUUUGGAGGGUGAGUCCGAGGACGAAGAAGAUACUGAAACCGUCAAGCUUGCAGUAUUGGCUCCUCCAAGCGGAGACAACCAAGUUGAGCAUCCGUAGGUGGCCUCUACAGAGUAAUGCUCCAGAAGAGCACGAACUGAUUGAAUCCUAUCAACUUGGUCAAGAUCAGUACUCUCUACUGGUACCGUUUCAUCUUGCGCCGUAUAGUACGGGCGUCAAGGAUUUUGUAUUUCAUGAAAUUUAUUUUACCCGUGUAAAAUUAAUCGAAGCGACCUUUGGCAUUGUGGUC